UUGAGAUCAAUUGUUUCAACGAUGAGAAUAUUUGCAGAAUUUCGGCUAAAAUCCAUCUCGUUCCAUGUUCUCCCACUGCAGGCCACUGGGCUUCCUCUCACCAGCAGCAGAUUUGCUAGUGAGAGGAAACUUCACAUUUAUACAUCUGAUGAAAUCAGUCUGUCUCAUUGUAUUUGUGGCUCUGCGAAGCGCAAGAAGUAUGAAUGCCCUGCAUCUGCAGAACCGCAUCACCGUAAAUGCUGACCGGCCAAAGCAGAAUACAUUUGGACCAUAAACGAUUCUGUUGUCAACAAUCGACUCAUCGUACAGGCCAAUCAGGAAGAAGCUCAACCCGGAAGUAAUUCCUCCAGCUGUUAGCAUUGGUGUGAGUUGAGAGAGAGAAGGGGAAGAGAAAGAGAAAGAGAGAGUGGGAAGAGGGAGAGAGAGAGAGAGAGAGAGAGAGAGAGAGAGAAGGGUGAAGAUGGUGGUUGUUUGUGGCUUUCUUUGGCAUGAAAAAUAACACACUGUAUAAACAUGUAACCGACGACAUACAUCUGGUCUCGAACAAGGAACAUUGUGGGCAGGAUGCAGUCUUCAGGCCAACGGCAGCGUGACACAGAGCAGCAGCGACCCCUGCUGUCAGCUGACGAUGACCCCGAGGCUGCCGGACGAGCUGGUCCUCUGUUUCCCACGGCUGACCAGGACAGCCUGUGGUUCAUCCAGGACGGCUGUGGUAUAGUCUGUGGUGUGGUGACCUGGUUGUUGGUCCUUUACGCUGACUUUGUGGUCAAUCUGGUGAUGCUGCUGCCAAACAAGAGCUUGUGGUAUUCCGUGAUCAACGGAGCGUUGUUUAACUUCCUGGCUGUCAUGGCGCUGGCCUCGCAUCUACGUGCCAUGCUUUCAGACCCGGGGGCGGUUCCUCAGGGCAACGCCACCAAAGACUACAUGGACAGUCUGCAGCUGAAACCUGGAGAGGUCAUCUAUAAAUGUCCCAAGUGCUGCAGCAUCAAGCCACAGAGAGCUCACCACUGCAGUAUCUGUAAGCGCUGUAUCCGUAAGAUGGACCACCACUGUCCCUGGGUCAACAACUGUGUAGGGGAGAAGAACCAGCGCUUCUUUGUGCUCUUCACUAUGUACAUAGCUCUGAUCUCUGUCUACGCCCUCUGCCUCAGUUUCCUACAGGUCUACAGCUGUGUCCAUGACCAGUGGAAUGAAUGCACUAACUUCUCUCCUCCGGUGGCGGUGAUGCUGAUGGUCUUCCUCUGUCUGGAGGCCUUCCUCUUCCUCACCUUCACCGUGGUGAUGUUCGGAACGCAGAUCCACUCCAUCUGCAACGACGAGACGGAGAUCGAGCGUCUGAAGAAUGAGAAACCGACGUGGGAGCGGCGUCUGCGCUGGGAGGGGAUGAAGGCCGUGUUCGGAGGCCCGCCCUCCUUCCUCUGGUUCAACCCAUUCUCCGGCCUGCGUCUGCGGCGCCUGCUGAUGACACGUACACGCCGUAGUGGUGUGGAGUUCUCUGUCUGAGGGCUGAGCAGCCCAAAACACAGCUCUUCCCUGUCUGAUACCCUCAGACCUCUCUGGACCGUCUGAUACCCCCUCCGGACCUCUCUGGACCGUCUGAUACCCCCUCCGGACCUCUCUGGACCGUCUGAUACCCCCUCCGGACCUCUCUGGACCGUCUGAUAGCCCCGCCGGACCUGUCUGGACCGUCUGAUACCCUCAGACCUCUCUGGACCGUCUGAUAGCCCCGCCGGACCUCUCUGGACCGUCUGAUAGCCCCGCCGGACCUCUCUGGACCGUCUGAUAGCCCCGCCGGACCUGUCUGGACCGUCUGAUACCCCCCGCCGGACCUCUCUGGACCGUCUGAUACCCCCCGCCGGACCUCUCUGGACCGUCUGAUACCCCCGCCGGACCUCUCUGGACCGUCUGAUAGCUCCGCCGGACCUCUCUGGACCGUCUGAUACCCCCGCCGGACCUCUCUGGACCGUCUGAUACCCCCGCCGGACCUCUCUGGACCGUCUGAUACCCCCUCCGGACCUCUCUGGACCGUCUGAUACCCCCUCCGGACCUCUCUGGACCGUCUGAUACCCCCUCCGGACCUCUCUGGACCGUCUGAUACCCCCUCCGGACCUCUCUGGACCGUCUGAUACCCUCAGACCUCUCUGGACCGUCUGAUACCCUCAGACCUCUCUGGACCGUCUGAUAGCCCCGCCGGACCUCUCUGGACCGUCUGAUAGCCCCGCCGGACCUCUCUGGACCGUCUGAUACCCCCGCCGGACCUCUCUGGACCGUCUGAUAGCCCCGCCGGACCUCUCUGGACCGUCUGAUAGCCCCGCCGGACCUCUCUGGACCGUCUGAUACCCCCGCCGGACCUCUCUGGACCGUCUGAUACCCCCGCCGGACCUCUCUGGACCGUCUGAUAGCCCCUCCGGACCUCUCUGGACCGUCUGAUAGCCCCUCCGGACCUCUCUGGACCGUCUGAUACCCCCUCCGGACCUCUCUGGACCGUCUGAUACCCCCUCCGGACCUCUCUGGACCGUCUGAUACCCCCUCCGGACCUCUCUGGACCGUCUGAUACCCCCUCCGGACCUCUCUGGACCGUCUGAUACCCCUCAGACCUCUCUGGACCGUCUGAUACCCUCAGACCUCUCUGGACCGUCUGAUACCCCCGCCGGACCUCUCUGGACCGUCUGAUAGCCCCGCCGGACCUCUCUGGACCGUCUGAUAGCCCCGCCGGACCUCUCUGGACCGUCUGAUAGCCCCGCCGGACCUCUCUGGACCGUCUGAUACCCCCGCCGGACCUCUCUGGACCGUCUGAUAGCCCCGCCGGACCUCUCUGGACCGUCUGAUACCCCCGCCGGACCUCUCUGGACCGUCUGAUACCCCCGCCGGACCUCUCUGGACCGUCUGAUAGCCCCUCCGGACCUCUCUGGACCGUCUGAUAGCCCCGCCGGACCUCUCUGGACCGUUGGACACAUCAUGGUGGUUUCUGUGUCACCCCUGGACUGAUAGGAUGGGGUGUGACCUGUGACUUACGUAAUGGAGAACAGCUGUACCCCCCAUUCACACUACAGGGGGUCUCCUGAAGUCCCUGUCUCUCUGUCCUUAGCCAUGCUGGAAGCCCUUUUUCUAUCUCCACUCCACUGACAGGGAGAUCAGUAUCUUGGUCUGUCUGUCCUCACAGAGAGACUGGGGCUGAAUAUGGGUCUGUCCUCACAGAGAGACUGGGGCUGAAUAUGGGUCUGUCCACACAGAGAGACUAGGGCUGAAUAUGGGUCUGUCCACACAGAGAGACUAGGGCUGAAUAUGGGUCAGUCCUCCUCACAGAGAGACUGGGGCUGAAUAUGGGUCAGUCCACACAGAGAGACUGGGGCUGAAUAUGGGUCUGUCCACACAGAGAGACUAGGGCUGAAUAUGGGUCAGUCCUCCUCACAGAGAGACUGGGGCUGAAUAUGGGUCAGUCCUCCACACAGAGAGACUAGGGCUGAAUAUGGGUCAGUCCUCCACACAGAGAGACUGGGGCUGAAUAUGGGUCAGUCCUCACAGAGAGACUAGGGCUGAAUAUGGGUCUGUCCACACAGAGAGACUAGGGCUGAAUAUGGGUCUGUCCACACAGAGAGACUAGGGCUGAAUAUGGGUCAGUCCACACAGAGAGACUAGGGCUGAAUAUGGGUCUGUCCACACAGAGAGACUAGGGCUGAAUAUGGGUCUGUCCACACAGAGAGACUAGGGCUGAAUAUGGGUCUGUCCACACAGAGAGACUAGGGCUGAAUAUGGGUCUGUCCACACAGAGAGACUAGGGCUGAAUAUGGGUCAGUCCUCCACACAGAGAGACUAGGGCUGAAUAUGGGUCUGUCCACACAGAGAGACUAGGGCUGAAUAUGGGUCUGUCCUCACAGAGAGACUGGGGCUGAAUAUGGGUCUGUCCACACAGAGAGACUGGGGCUGAAUAUGGGUCUGUCCACACAGAGAGACUAGGGCUGAAUAUGGGUCAGUCCUCCACACAGAGAGACUGGGGCUGAAUAUGGGUCAGUCCUCACAGAGAGACUAGGGCUGAAUAUGGGUCAGUCCUCCACACAGAGAGACUAGGGCUGAAUAUGGGUCAGUCCUCACAGAGAGACUAGGGCUGAAUAUGGGUCUGUCCACACAGAGAGACUAGGGCUGAAUAUGGGUCAGUCCUCCACACAGAGAGACUGGGGCUGAAUAUGGGUCUGUCCUCACAGAGAGACUAGGGCUGAAUAUGGGUCUGUCCACACAGAGAGACUAGGGCUGAAUAUGGGUCAGUCCUCCACACAGAGAGACUGGGGCUGAAUAUGGGUCUGUCCUCACAGAGAGACUAGGGCUGAAUAUGGGUCAGUCCUCCACACAGAGAGACUAGGGCUGAAUAUGGGUCAGUCCUCACAGAGAGACUAGGGCUGAAUAUGGGUCUGUCCUCACAGAGAGACUAGGGCUGAAUAUGGGUCAGUCCUCCACACAGAGAGACUGGGGCUGAAUAUGGGUCUGUCCUCACAGAGAGACUAGGGCUGAAUAUGGGUCUGUCCACACAGAGAGACUAGGGCUGAAUAUGGGUCUGUCCUCACAGAGAGACUAGGGCUGAAUAUGGGUCUGUCCUCACAGAGAGACUAGGGCUGAAUAUGGGUCAGUCCUCCACACAGAGAGACUAGGGCUGAAUAUGGGUCAGUCCACACAGAGAGACUAGGGCUGAAUAUGGAUCAGUCCUCCACACAGAGAGACUAGGGCUGAAUAUGGGUCAGUCCACACAGAGAGACUAGGGCUGAAUAUGGAUCAGUCCUCCACACAGAGAGACUAGCCUGCCCUGUUCUGCCAUGAGCCCCAGUCAGCCAUUCAGUCAGCCAGCCAGCUUGCCAGCCGGCCAGUUAGCCAGCCAGCCAGCCAGUCAGCUAGCCAGCCAGUCAGCCAGCCAGCCAGCCAGUCAGCUAGCCAGCCAGUCAGCCAGCCAGUCAGCCAGCCAGCCAGCCAGCCAGUCAGUCAGCUAGCCAGUCAGCCAGCCAGCCAGUCAACCAGCCAGCCAGUCAGUCAGCCACACUGGAUACAUAUUGUACAUCUAUUAACUUGUUCUGCGUACUGGUGCAGUCUUAACCUGCUGUUCAAUGUCUGCAUGAGGAUGUGAACAGGGUCCGUUUGCUUUUUUUUUAUAACGAGCUCCUUUUCUGUCUGGCACAAUCUGAAGACACCGUGUUGUGGUCGGACGUUUUAAACAGGACUUGUCUAGGACACCCAAGGACAGACGGGACAAGGGGGAGAAAAUGACGUUCUGAGUUUAAGUCCAGGACUUGAACACUUCAGGCACCGAGGACAAACAGGUGACAGGGGAUGAAGACUGUGUUUUUUUUCAUCUAGUGUGGUUUUGUGGUGAUGCUUCUCAAGAAUCCCGACCGGAGCCUGGUCCUCCCUGCCUCUGGCCACAACCCAAGUGUACUGACUACUGAUAUUAAACAGCCUGGACAUAGAAGUCUAUAUCUACUGAACGCAGACGGUUCAGUGCUUUCUCUGCCCAGGCCUCGACGUACCCAACACCUGAACUAUGCCCCUGAUGCAACGGACUGAACAACGGGUUGAGCUGUGACCUGGACCAUGUUCGCUCAAAUGGGACAAAAACAUUUAAACGGGUGGGGAGAGGUACUAUCAGAAUUUAGCUGAAAAAUGUAUUUUUGUUGUUUCUUUGUAUUUUGUCUCAUUGGUUGUUUUUCCUCCUUGUUUAGGAGCUGCUACGGUGUUUCCCAGACCCCAAGUCCUGUUCCCCCCUUUACCAAUGUUUCCCAGACCCCAUGUCCUGUCCCCCCCUUUACCAAUGUUUCCCAUGUCCUGUCCCCCCCUUUACCAAUGUUUCCCAUGUCCUGUCCCCCCUUUACCAAUGUUUCCCAUGUCCUGUCCCCCCUUUACCAAUGUUUCCCAUGUCCUGUCCCCCCUUUACCAAUGUUUCCCAUGUCCUGUCCCCGCCUUUACCAAUGUUUCCCAAGUCCUGUCCCCCCCUUUACCAAUGUUUCCCAAGUCCUGUCCCCAUGUCCUGUCCCCCCUUUACCAAUGUUUCCCAAGUCCUGUCCCCAUGUCCUGUCCCCGCCUUUACCAAUGUUUCCCAAGUCCUGUCCCCCCCUUUACCAAUGUUUCCCAUGUCCUGUCCCCGCCUUUACCAAUGUUUCCCAAGUCCUGUCCCCAUGUCCUGUCCCCGCCUUUACCAAUGUUUCCCAAGUCCUGUCCCCCCCUUUACCAAUGUUUCCCAAGUCCUGUCCCCGCCUUUACCAAUGUUUCCCAAGUCCUGUCCCCCCCUUUACCAAUGUUUCCCAUGUCCUGUCCCCGCCUUUACCAAUGUUUCCCAAGUCCUGUCCCCAUGUCCUGUCCCCCCCUUUACCAGUGUUUCCCAUGUCCUGUCCCCCCCUUUACCAAUGUUUCCCAUGUCCUGUCCCCCCUUUACCAGUGUUUCCCAUACUUGGUCUUGGGCCCCCCUUUGGGUGGAUGUUUAGUUUCUGCCCCCAGCACAACACAGCUGAUUCAAGUAACCUACUGGUCAUGAAGCUUUGAUCAACUGAAUCAGCUGUGUAAUGUGGGGGGGCCCCAGGACCCAGUUUGGGAAACAUUGCUAACAGAAAGGAGCUUUAGCACCAAACUGCAAGAUCAUCUUUUUAAUUUGAUUUUAAUGAGGACUGAUGAUGAUGAUGAUGAUGAUGAUGAUGGACUGAAUGAAAUGCUGAUGUCUUACUGUACCCUCGUUUCCACCCCCCACCACAACCCCCUGUCUUACUGUACCCUCGUUUCCACCCCCCCAACCCCCUGUCUUACUGUACCCUCGUUUCCACCCCCCCACCACAACCCCGUCUUACUGUACCCUCGUUUCCACCCCCCCACCACAACCCCCUGUCUUACUGUACCCUCGUUUCCACCCCCCCCACCACCACAACCCCCUGUCUUACUGUACCCUCAUUUUCACCCCCCCACCACAACCCCUGUGUUACUGUACCCUCGUUUCCACCCCCCCACCACAACCCCCUGUCUUACUGUACCCUCGUUUUCACCCCCCCACCACAACCCCCUGUCUUACUGUACCCUCGUUUCCACCCCCCCACCACAACCCCCUGUCUUACUGUACCCUCGUUUCCACCCCCCACCACAACCCCCGUCUUACUGUACCCCCCCUACCACAACCCCCUGUCUUACUGUACCCUCGUUUCCACCCCCCAACCCCCUGUCUUACUGUACCCUCGUUUCCCCCCACAACCCCCUGUCUUACUGUACCCUCGUUUCCACCUUGGUUGCGUCCCAAAUGCUGUUCCCUAAAUAGCCAGGGGACAUACCCAAAACAUUAAGAACACCUUCCUAAUAUUGACUUGGUGGAUUAUAUAUGACAUUUAAGCAGUCAGCUGUUGUAUUUAAACAUGUCCUUGUCCGAGACCUCUCAGUAUUGAGUUGGUGAGAAUAACAGGAUGUUUCUCUUCCGCUGCCCAUCAGAGACGAAUCGAGUCUGAGACGAGCUGCUCUUUAUGCUGAAUCAAGUCUUGAGACGAGCUGCUCUUUAUGCUGAAUCAAGUCUUGAGACGAGCUGCUCUUUAUGCUGAAUCAAGUCUUGAGACGAGCUGCUCUUUAUGCUGAAUCAAGUCUUGAGACGAGCUGCUCUUUAUGCUGAAUCAAGUCUUGAGACGAGCUGCUCUUUAUGCUGAAUCAAGUCUUGAGACGAGCUGCUCUUUAUGCUGAAUCAAGUCUUGAGACGAGCUGCUCUUUAUGCUGAAUCAAGUCUUGAGACGAGCUGCUCUUUAUGCUGAAUCAAGUCUUGAGACGAGCUGCUCUUUAUGCUGAAUCAAGUCUUGAGACGAGCUGCUCUUUAUGCUGAAUCAAGUCUUGAGACGAGCUGCUCUUUAUGCUGAAUCAAGUCUUGAGACGAGCUGCUCUUUAUGCUGAAUCAAGUCUUGAGACGAGCUGCUCUUUAUGCUGAAUCAAGUCUUGAGACGAGCUGCUCUUUAUGCUGAAUCAAGUCUUGAGACGAGCUGCUCUUUAUGCUGAAUCAAGUCUUGAGACGAGCUGCUCUUUAUGCUGAAUCAAGUCUUGAGACGAGCUGCUCUUUAUGCUGAAUCAAGUCUUGAGACGAGCUGCUCUUUGUCUGGUCCCGUCUUAAUGGUGAACUGGUAGGGUGAAAGGAACACAAGCACAUCCAUCCUUGUGCCCUGGCAGGCUCACCGCUCUUCUGAUAGACAGUCAGUCUUACUCUCUCAGUUAGAACCUGUUGGAGCUUUGGCGUAUGUCCCAACUGGCACCCUAUUCCCUAUAUAGUGCACUACUUUUGACCGGAGCCAUAGGAAGUGCAUUAUUUAGGGAAUAGGCAGCCAGUUUGGAACACACAGCCUUUAAUACAAACUUCAUUGGUGAAGCAAUGGGUCUGUCAACCAACGGGAAGCUUGUAGUGACAGUCUUUAUAACAACUGAUGAAGGCUUUUUCAGUCCACCAUUUUGUUCCCCCUCAGCCCUCCUGACCUCAUCUCGUGAUGAAGGCUUUUUCAGUCCACCAUUUUGUUCCCCCUCAGCCCUCCUGACCUCAUCUCGUGAUGAAGGUUGUUUCAGUCCACCAUUUUGUUCCCCCUCAGCCCUCCUGACCUCAUCUCAUGAUGAAGGUUGUUUCAGUCCACCAUUUUGUUCCCCCUCAGCCCUCCUGACCUCAUCUCAUGGUGAAGGUUGUUUCAGUCCACCAUUUUGUUCUCCCUCAGCCCUCCUGACCUCAUCUCAUGAUGAAGGUUGUUUCAGUCCACCAUUUUGUUCUCCCUCAGGCUUCCUGACCUUCCUCAUGAUGAAGGUUGUUUCAGUCCACCAUUUUGUUCCCCCUCAGCCCUCCUGACCUCAUCUCAUGAUGAAGGUUGUUUCAGUCCACCAUUUUGUUCCCCCUCAGGCCUCCUGACCUUCCUCAUGAUGAAGGUUGUUUCAGUCCACCAUUUUGUUCUCCCUCAGGCUUCCUGACCUUCCUCAUGAUGAAGGUUGUUUCAGUCCACCAUUUUGUUCCCCCUCAGCCCUCCUGACCUCAUCAUCUCAUCAUCUCUCUGCUUAUUUUGAUGGCUUCACAACAGAGCCAUUGUGCCACUGACUAUUGAUGAUCAUCAAACAACAGUUUGUUUUAAUGAGAUACGAGUCCCCUAUUCAAUACAAUCAUCAAUCUUGCAAAUAUCCGCCUUUGGAUUUUAAUGCCGUAUCUUUUUUAAACUGUAUCCAUUUGAUUUAUGAUUGUAGAAAUCGUUUGUUUUAAAAUAAAGAGUUUGUGAACAACA